CGCCCGCCACGGCGGUGCUGAGCCCCCGGGGUCCUGAUUGUCCUUUGCAGAGAUCCAAGCUCGGAGAUCCUUAGCUCGGGGCCCGGAACAGCAGCGGCCAGUGCGAGAGCGCCUCCCGGGAGGCUAGAUCGCCCAGAGCAGAAGCGGCCCCUGGUGACAUAUAAAUCUUGGUCUAACGCGCGGCCGCAGACCGUCGAGCUGGAAUUCCCUGCGGCUGACUCUAGCCUGUGUCCGGAGUGUGGCGUCCCAACCUACAGCCCACUGCAACAUGCCGGCUUUGUCCACGGGAUCGGGGAGCGACCCAGGUCUAUACGAGCUGUUGGCUGCUCUGCCAGCCCAGCUGCAGCCACAUGCGGACAGACAGGAAGACCUGACCUUCCUCUGGGGUAUGUUUGGCGAAAAAAGCCUGCAUUCACUGGUGAAGAUUCAUGAAAAACUGCACUAUUAUGAGAAGCAAAAUCCAGUGCCUUUCCUCCAGGCUGCUGUGGCCUUGGCCGAUGACCUGGCUGAAGAACUUCAGAACAAGCCAUCAAGCAGUGAGAUCAGAGAGCUGUUGAAACUUCUGUCAAAACCCAAUGUGAAGGCUUUGCUUUCUGUACAUGAUUCUGUGGCUCAGAAGAAUUAUGGUCCUGUGUUGCCUCCUAUGCCUGAUGAUAUUGAUGAAGAGGAAGACUCAGUGAAAAUCAUUCGUCUGGUGAAAAAUAGAGAACCACUGGGAGCUACUAUAAAGAAAGAUGAGCAGACUGGAGUGAUCAUCGUGGCCCGAAUCAUGCGAGGAGGAGCUGCUGAUAGAAGUGGUCUUAUUCAUGUGGGUGAUGAACUUAGAGAAGUGAAUGGGAUACCAGUCGAGGAUAAAAGGCCCGAGGAAAUAAUUCAGAUUUUGUCUCAGUCUCAGGGAGCCAUUACAUUUAAGAUUAUACCCAGCAUCAAAGAAGAGACACCAUCUAAAGAAGGCAAGAUGUUUAUCAAAGCUUUCUUUGACUAUGACCCUAAUGAGGAUAAAGCAAUUCCCUGUAAGGAAGCUGGGCUCUCCUUCAAAAAGGGAGAUAUUCUUCAGAUUAUGAGCCAAGAUGAUGCAACCUGGUGGCAAGCAAAGCAUGAAGGCGAUGCCAACCCUCGAGCAGGCUUGAUUCCCUCAAAGCAUUUCCAGGAAAGGAGAUUGGCUCUGAGAAGGCCAGAAAUACUAAUUCAGCCUUCGAAAGGUUCCAACAGGAAAUCAUCUGGUUUCAGGAGAAGCUUCCGUCUUAGUAGAAAAGAUAAGAAAACAAACAAAUCUAUGUAUGAAUGCAAGAAGAGUGACCAGUAUGACACCGCUGAUGUACCCACGUAUGAAGAAGUGACACCAUAUCGGCGACAAACUAAUGACAAAUACAGACUUGUGGUCUUGGUUGGUCCUGUGGGAGUAGGUUUGAACGAGCUGAAACGAAAGCUGCUGAUCAGUGAUACACAGCACUAUGGUGUGACGGUGCCCCAUACAACCAGAUCAAGAAGAAGCCAGGAGAGUGAUGGUGUUGAAUAUAUUUUCAUUUCCAAGCAUUUGUUUGAGACAGAUAUACAAAAUAACAAGUUUAUUGAAUACGGUGAAUAUAAGAACAACUACUAUGGCACUAGUAUAGACUCAGUCCGGUCAGUUCUAGCUAAAAACAAAGUGUGUUUGUUGGAUGUUCAACCCCAUACAGUGAAGCAUUUACGUACACUUGAAUUUAAGCCCUAUGUGAUAUUUAUCAAGCCUCCAUCAAUAGAGCGUUUGAGAGAGACAAGAAAAAAUGCAAAGAUUAUUUCAAGCAAAGAUGACCAAACAGCUGCAAAGCCCUUUACUGAAGAAGACUUUCAGGAAAUGAUAAAAUCUGCACAAAUAAUGGAAAGUCAAUAUGGUCACCUUUUUGACAAAACUAUAGUAAAUGAUGACCUCACUGUUGCAUUCAAUGAGUUAAAAACAACUUUUGAUAAAUUAGAGACAGAUGCUCACUGGGUCCCAGUGAGCUGGUUGCAUUCUUAGUUAAGGGCCAUUUCCAAUAACCACUGUUUUCAUAGAGUGCAUGAUUGACUCUGUGACCAUUCUGGUGGUAGGGUUUUAUCACUGUUCUAGGUGUGCAAUCUUGGUUAAAUUUGAAUAUUGGCUUUUGUAUCUUUUUUAAUUGCCUUAUUUCAAACACAAUGUUUGAGUAUAAGGUCCAAACUUAAAAUGUGCACA